CUGCACCCUUCCUCAGACACCGCCAACCUCUCCUCCACAUCCCAACCCCAACCCCUCCAGCCAACCCUUUGUGGAUGUAUACAUGCAUGCACUAUGCAAGCUGCACUACCACCCAACCCAGCUGCCCCUCCCCCCCUUUACCGGUACUUAUAUCUUUCCUUGAUUCAUCCUGAUAUCCCUUCCUCAGCCCCCCUCAUAGCGACACCCUUGCAUAGUCCAAGUCAAGUCCAAGUCCCCUUCAACUCAAUCUUCCACUCAAGCAUACCCCCCGGGCACCGCCCCUUCAGCUCAAUAACCCAACCAUCUCCCAACCCUAUCACCCCACCGCCCAAAGGGCAAACCCAAACCCAAAGCGAGAACAAUGUACGCAACCCAUCUAUCUAUCUAUCUAUCUAUCCACCAUCUUCCAUCUACCCCUCAAACCGUGACUCCACGAAUCCAAGACUCCAAGACUCCAAGACUCCAAGACUCCAAUCCCAAAACCAUAGAUCCAUCUAUCAAUCUAAUCAACAUCCCAUCCCACCGCGCUUACCUCCCCACCCCCCAAAUCUAGUUGCCAGUGCAUAGCUAGUGCAGAUCACCCACCCACCCAAUCUAGAUUCAAUUUCGAUAUGGGAGAUGUGUUGUGUGCUUUCUUCGUAGAAGA